AUGUCCUACCCGCAGUUCGGGUACCCCUACUCCUCUGCUCCCCAGUUCCUGAUGACCAGCAACUCCCUGAGCACGUGCUGCGAGGCGGGCGGCCGCACUCUGGCCGACUCCGGGCCCGCCGCCUCGGCCCCGGCGCCCGUCUACUGCCCGGUCUACGAGAGCCGGCUGCUGGCCACCGCGCGCCACGAGCUCAACUCGGCCGCCGCGCUCGGCGUCUACGGGGGCCCCUACGGCGGCUCUCAGGGCUACGGCAACUACGUGACCUACGGCUCCGAGGCGUCCGCCUUCUACUCGCUGAACGGCUUCGACUCCAAGGACGGUACGGGGUCUGCGCCUGCGGGCCUGGCGCCCCCGGCCGCCGCCUACUACCCGUACGAGCCGGCUCUGGGCCAGUACCCAUACGACAGGUACGGGACCAUGGACAGCGGCACGCGGCGCAAGAACGCCACGCGCGAGACCACGGCCACGCUCAAGGCCUGGCUGCAGGAGCACCGCAAGAACCCCUACCCCACCAAGGGCGAGAAGAUCAUGCUGGCCAUCAUCACCAAGAUGACGCUCACGCAGGUCUCCACCUGGUUCGCCAACGCGCGCCGGCGCCUCAAGAAGGAGAACAAGAUGACGUGGCCGCCUCGGAACAAGUGCGCGGACGAGAAGCGGCCCUACGGGGAGGACGAGGACCAGGAGGGGCGCGAGGACGAGGCGCGGGAGGAGCCCCUCAAGAGCGCCAAGACUGAAGAGCCUGUCUGCAAAGAGAAGGAACUAGAGUUGAGUGACUUGGAUGACUUCGACCCGCUCGAGGCAGAGACCCCGGAGUGCCAGCUGAAGCCCCCCUUUCAACCCCUGGACAGCGGCCUGGAGCACAUCCCCACUGCACCCGAUGGUCCUGGCAGCCCGAGCAAGGAGGCCUCGGGUGCCCUCCAGAUGCCCCUGGCCGCGGGUGGUGGAGCCACCCUAGACGAGGACCUAGAGAGGGCCCGGAGCUGCCUCCAGAGCACGGCAGCCAGGCCAGAGCAGCCAGGCGCAGACGGCGGACCACGGCUCUGCGAGACCAAGCUGGGCUUUGUCCCAGCCGGGGCCACAGUGGGCCUCGAGGCCAAACCACGCAUCUGGUCACUGGCCCACACGGCCACUGCCACUGGCGCCACUGCCCUGAGCCAGACUGAAUUUCCAUCAUGCAUGCUCAAGCGCCAAGGUCCUGUUGCCCCUGCGACAGCAUCCUCAGUGCCAGCCACAUCCUCGCCUGGAGUCCCAGCCCCUUCUGGUGCCCUGGACAGGCACCAGGACUCCCCAGUAACCAGUCUCAGAAACUGGGUAGACGGGGUCUUCCACGACCCCAUCCUCAGGCACAGCACUUUGAACCAGGCCUGGGCCACCGCCAAGGGCACCCUCCUGGACCCAGGGCCUCUGGGACGCUCACUGGGGGCCGGCACCAAUGUGCUGACUGCGCCCCUCACACGCGCCUUCCCUCCCACCUCGCCCCAUGAUGCCCCAGCCACCGCUGGCACCAGGGAGCUGCUGGCCUUGCCCAAGGCUGGCAGCAAGCCCUUUGCCUAA